AUGAGGAAUCGGGGAACACGUGUCCCCCCUAUUGUGGCCGUCAGCAGCGAAGAGACUGAGUCUUCUCCAGAUGCCCUGCAAGUGGAGGAACUUGUUGAUGUGGAAGUUGACACGUCUAGCAACGAGGAAUUGCCUAACUCCUCCCUUGAGCCUUCGCCCGCGUCAUCCCACCAACCUUCGCCGGAGCCAAGUAAGGCACUAUCAGCGGCCUACUCUGCACCUUCGACUACUGCACCGCCUACACCAACUCUAGUGGCUGUGGUGGUGACUAAACCUGCGCAGUCAACUGAGAAACCACCUGUCCUGGGCCUGAAUAGUGGUUACAACCCCAUCACCACUGGAUCCACAUCCCAGCUCGAGCAGAACCUCCUGAAGGUCACUCCCUGGUUGGGAGCUAUUGCUUCGGGCAAGUCAGCCUGUGUCCCUGCAGCUGCAAUUUUGGUCCUUUCGAAAGCUGCACCACCCCUUGUCACUGGUGGUGACGCCCUCUUCUACCGUGCUUGGGCUAAUUGCAAUUUCAACCCUGGUGGCAAGAAGUGUUCAUUCCGAACUCCCGGCCAGAUGUUGCCCGACUUCAUCCUGGAGCCCUUGAUGGAGCAUACGUGA